AUGGACAAGAUCAAUCCUGACUGGGCGAAGGACAUUCCGUGCAGAAAUAUCACCAUUUAUGGCUACUGCAAGAAGGAGAAAGAAGGUUGCCCAUUCAAACAUAACGAUAACGGUAGCGCUACCAUCAUUAAUGACUCUUCCCCUCUACUAGAUAUUGCAGAAGCCACCACUCCAACCAUGGCAUCAGUUCCAAAGUUCAAUGCUAAAGUAUCCGCAAGUUUUACCCCGAUGACGGUUGGUAGUGACUCCUUGGCCACUACAGUUACCACCACCUCCGCUGCUACAAACACUAGUGGGAGCACCAAUGUGGCAGCAACUUCCGCUAAUUCUUCUACAGUCACUCAAGUAGCUAAUCCGGCAGUUAAUGGCUCUUUGUUGAAUGACAACAAUAACAGUAGUAAUAUAAACAUAUCAGUACCUACGACUGCUUCAAGUUCAAAUUAUGAUCCCUUCAAUGCACCCAUUUUCACUCCUUCUUCUACUUCUUCAAUACACGCUAAUACAAAUGCCCCUUCUUUCCCAUUCCCCACUAUUGCCAAUUCUGGCGGCAUGAGUAUAAGUACCAGUGAUGAUAAUAAUAACAAUAUGAGCAUGGCCAACAACGUACCAUCUUCUCUGCCACCAUCAUCCAUAGAAGGUAAUAAUCUCAAAUAUCCGAGAAUUUAUCCCCCUCCUCAUAGUCUUCUACAGUACCACCUAUAUGCUCCUGAACAACCAUCAUCGUUAAAGUCAUUAUUGAAACCUAAUGAAAGGUCUGCUGAUCAGCUUUUCAUUCCAAACAAUAUUAGGGAAGAUUUAACCAAGAAAAAUCUAUCGAUUUUGCAGGUUUUCCCCUCUUCAGGUAAAGUUAUACCAAGUAUUGUACAAGACUACUUCAAUUUGGUUCCACUAAACUUCAAUAGUAACGACUUUUUAAAUAAAACUACGCUCUUCAAAGUUUUCUCCAAUUAUGACGGAAAACCAUACGUUUUGAAAAGACUGCCUAAUAGUGAUAAAUCAAUGAAUCCGAACAAAAUAUCUAAAGUAUAUCAGGUAUGGUCAAAGAUUAAUUGUACCAAUUUGAUAAAGUUUAGGGACAUUUUUCAGACUACUAAGUUUGGAGAUCUGUCUAUCUGUUUGAUCUUUGAUUACUAUCCAAAUUCUCUAUCUUUGUUUGAUUACCAUUUUGUUAAUUUCCCUAAAUUCCCCGUAACCAUGGAUUAUCUAUGGAUAUACUUAGUUCAACUCACUAAUGUGAUAAAUUCCAUCCAUUCGCAGAAUUUAAACAUUGGCAACACACUAAACUGGAAUAAAGUUUUACUUACUGGUGAUCCGGGUAGAAUCAAACUAUCACACUGCAACUUUAUGGAUCAAUUAUUCAAUGAUGAUAUCGAUGCAGCGGUAUCUUCCAGUGGGAGUGCAAUGGAAAGACAACAACAGCUGGACUACAGAUAUCUCGGACAGCUAUUAUUUAACUUAUCAAUUAAUAUUGACAACUCUAAUAGUAAUAUUACUCCAAGAGAGUAUCGGCUCGAUGAAAUAACUCCUCAAUUAAUCGAUGACAUGAGACAGAUAGAUGAUAAGUUCAAGGAUAUACUCAAGUACUUAAUAUCGGAUAGUGAAGAUUUAAAGAAGAACACACAUGAUCUAACUAGCCAUUUUUAUGACAAGAUGUUCAUGGUCUUGGAGUCGUCACAAACCUACACGGAAUACAUGGAGUCAGUCUUAUCGAAAGAGUUAGAAAAUGGAAGAUUGUUCAGAUUGAUUAAUAAGUUAAAUUGCAUUUUUGGUAGAAUUGAAUCGAGAAUAGACAUAAAUUGGUCUGAAUCUGGAUCCAAAUUUCCUAUCGUACUAUUCUAUGACUAUGUAUUUCAUCAAGUGGAUUCAAAUGGAAAACCGAUAAUGGACUUAACUCAUGUAUUAAGGUGCUUGAACAAAUUAGAUGCGGGUAUUCAAGAAAAGUUGAUGUUAGUAACACCUGAUGAGUUAAACUGUAUUAUCAUAUCCUACAAGGAGUUGAAGGACUUGAUAGAAUCCACCUUCAGAUCCAUCACCCAAUAA